AUGUGCGACAAGAACCUCGCUGCAGAGAAAUGGUACCAUGGACUGCUGCCGCGUGAGGAUAUCAAGGUGAUUUGGUGAAAAUUUUGUAUUUAAAAAUUUCCGGAGGAAUAAUCCACUCGGGCAAAUUCGGAAGGGUUCGCUAAAAAAAGAAGCUAAAAAAAAGAGGCUUAAAAAUGGCCGCAGAAAGGCUGAAGAAAGGCAGCAAAAAGGCCGCAGAAAGGCACCAAAAAUGAUUCUAUAUCGAGACAUCCAUUUUUUCUAGGAUCUUAAAGGCUCAGGAAAUGGUGAAAAAUAAGAAAGGCAGCAAAAAAUGGUGCAUAAGUAGGGUCCGCAAGCCAUUUCUUCAAAACGAUCCAAAAAAUAUGUUUUUUACACUGUUCGAUAGAGGAGACUGUCCAUUUUCAUAAUCCGUUCAGUUUUAGAAAAAAGCUCCACUAAGAAAAAAGUUAUGGCCAAAAAACUAGCGCGCGCGGCGUUCAACUGGAGGCAAAAUCUCACGGUUUACCCGCUGCCGCACGCUUUCUUUUUAAAUGUUUUUGCGCGUUUCUGGACCGUUUUUAAAUCGGUUUUCCGUUCUGAGAGGUUGUCCGAACUGAGCCUCAUGUUUUGGUAUGAAUCUUUUUGUACAAUCCUCAUAAGAAUUUUUUUGAUAAAAUAUCAAAAAAACUACCUAGAAAAAAAGGUCAGAAGGAAUUUUUCAGCUCAUUUUUUUCUUUUUUUCUAAUCAGAAAAAAAUUAUUAUCAUUUGGUUUGGAAAAAAAGAAAAAAAUGAAAAAAAUAAUGUUAUUUCGAAAUAAAAACAGGAAAAUGUGCAAUUUGACUCCAAAAAAAGGCUCCUGCAACAUUUAAAAGUGCGCAUCGGUGUGUUUGACGCAAACACAGCUACGAACGCUUGCACGAAAUCUUCCGAAAUUUCAAAAAAAAUUGCCAUUUUUUCGAGGUUUUCAAAGCCGUUAUUUUUUUCGCGUCGUUAGAUUUUUUUCAUAAUUUUUUCAUUGAUAGAGUUUUGAACGCUCAAUAACAUAAUCAAAAGUAUAGACGCGAUCCUAUUCUCUCAUGUGUCAACGAGGCAGGCGAAAAAAGGAGGUUUUGGUAAAACUCAAAUAUAAUUUGAUUCGCUGUCCCAAUAAUUAUUUUCAUUCUGAAUUUUUAUUUUUGAACACAUUGUGAGUUUUUAAAUCAAAUAAAAAGUAUACCUUGUCGCUGAAAUUUUUUCGCAUUUCAGCUUCAAAGUUUGGUGUCACUUUACAAGCUUCGAUUUUUUUCGCGUCGUUAGAUUUUUUUAAAUUUUUUUACUCAAAAAAAAUAAAGAAAGUGUUAAUGUAUAACAUACUCAAAAUUCGGAAGCGUUCCUCACUUGGUUUUCAGAAACGCGACGAUUUUGUGAAACUUGUCCGUUUCUUUCGUGUUAAAUCUUACUUUUUCGCUUAUUUUUGAAAAAUACAUAGUUUAAAAAUUUUUCAGUCUUGUAGAGCGUUGUCGAUUACAUAGAUUAACAGAAACAGUUCAUUUUUAAAGUGGGACUUUAGCUAGUAUAAACGCCUCAAAACCGUUUCUGCAACAAAAAAAUCGUCAUUUUGGUGGCGUGAAGGGGCGGGGCUUUGCGCCCCCUAUGCAUAAGGGCCGAUAAAAUGGCGCAAAAAGGCAGAAAAAAAGGAACAUUUCUAUGGAGCCAUUUCAACCUUUUCCGACUUUGCCUAUGUGUUCUUUUUAUCCCGAAAAAUGGCCAAAAUACUGAGAUUUUUAAAGCGAAAAAAGGCAUUGCCAAUUUUUGUCAUUUCCUGCAGUUGUUUGACUAACUCUUCCUGCCAAUUCUUCUGCCAGGUCAAAGAAAAAUGCAAAUUUUACCGUAAGAUAUACCGUAGGAUCAUCAAAAAUCUUUUUAAGCUAUUUUUGGUCCGUCUCAAUUUUUAUUCGGACUAUGCGCCUUUAAAAAUUCUCGUUAUGCGCCUUUAAAAUUUCUUGGAAGCUUUUUUUCCGUUCAAAAUAUCUUACUAUUAAGUUUUGAAGCGUAGGAACUGAAUUUUCGAACAGAUUAAAAUAUUCUAGAAGUUUUAAGCCAAAACUUAGGAGUCUAAUAUUUUUUUCUUCAUAGAAAUUAUUAAUAGAAUAUUUUUUUCCAGAUGAUGUUAAGCAAAAACGGGGACUUUCUCGUGAGAUCCAGCGAGCCGGUGAAGGGAGAACCACGGCAGUACGUUCUGUCGGCCAUGCAGAACGAAACUUUCGAGGAUCAAGGGGUAUAUAAUCUUUCCAGAUUUAGAAUGUCAAGUCGUCGCCCAAGCUCCGCCCCUAAUGGCGCGAUAAACUAAUCAGAGAGCGAGCCAUUCACAGAGCGUUUUCGAAUGACGGCUUUCUACUCGAAAUUCAAAAUCUGAACAGAUUUUGGUCUAUUCGUAAACGAUUUCGAGGUUUUUAAAGGGACAUGGCUCAUCGUUUCGAGACCCAUAAUAUAAUGAAAUCAUUUUCUUCACUCUCAGUCCUCCGAAAAAUCAUUUAUUCCUUUUGAGAGCUUCAUUCUGGUCACUUUUGCCUAAAAAAGGAGCUUAUAAGUUUCAAGACACAUUUUGGAGAUUAGGGUAUGCGCCUUUAAACUUGUAAACGAUUUUUUCGUUUCAGGACCAGUUUCCUGAGUUCUUGAGUCCGAAAAAAAUAGCCGGGUGCAAAAUUGAAACGAAAAAAAAAAAUGAAAAUAAAACUUAAAGGCACAGGCGCCUUUGCCCUAGAAUGUAUCUCAUAAAGAAAAUCUGAUUUUUUCCUCUAAAACUCAAAAAAUCUUUAAGAUCGUGUUAGGACAUUUUUCCCAAAAUCUACAUGCUCCUUUAAAUUUUCGUUUUGCAGAUAAAACAUUUUGUACUUCGUGAAAAACAGGGGAAAAUCUUCAUUGAACUGCAAGGAUUUGACACAGUAAGCAAACUGGUGACGCAUCACAUUACGACCAAAGAGCCCAUUUCAAAGGUUUUUCAAUGAUUCGAGCAAAGUCGGAAUGGUGGAUAAUGGGCGUUAAAAAGGAGAGGGUUAAAAAGGCUGCUGAAAGGUUGCAAAAAGGCAGCAAAAUGGCUGCGAAAAGGUCGCAAAACGGCCCCAAAAAGGCAGCAAAAAGGUCGCAAAAAGAGUCCCUUUAUCGAGCCUUCCAUUUUUUCUAAGAUUUUAAAGGCUCCAGAAAUGGUGGAAAAAGGAAGAGGCAGCAAAAAUGGAGCAUAAAAGCCCAUGAAAUGGCAGCAAAAAGGCCCCAAAAAGGUCGCAAAAAGGCUGCAAAAAGGCCGCAAAAAGGCUGCAAAAAGGCUUCAAAAUGGCAGCAAAAUGGCAGCAAAAUGGCACCAAAAAGACUUCAAAAAGAGUCCAUUUAUCGAGCCUUCCAUUUUAUGGGAUUUCAAAGGCUCAAGAAAGGAUGGGAAAAGGGAGAGGCAGCAAAAAUGGUGCAUAAAGGCCUAAAAAAUGGCCCAAAAAGGCAGCAAAAAGGAACUUUUCUAUGAAGCCUUUUCACCAUAUCCUACUUUACCUAUGAAUUAUUUUCAAUCAUUUCAUGGAAUAAAAAUUAAGACAACGGUGCUCAAAAACCCGAUACUGCGACAAAAUUGGGAGAUCGCUCAUGAGGACGUCAUUUUAACGAAAAAACUCGGGGAAGGCGCGUUUGGCGAGGUUUUUUUGAAUUUAGAACAAUUUUUUUGAUUUUUUUAUAGUAUUAAUUUGGCUUCUCCUGAUGGUCUUUCUCAAUUUUUAAAAGAUGUUUUUUUCUCAUCUUCAACCUUUUUUAAAGGGAAAAAAACUUGGAAAAAAAGGCGUAUUUAGCGAGGUUUUUUUGUGGAGUUUUUUUCGAACUAGAAACGAAAAUUUUUGAGCUUUCCAAUACUAACUUAGCUUCUCAGAUUAUUUUUCCUUAUUUUUUUAAAAAAAUUGGGUGACAAAAAAACUAGGAGAAGACGCUUUUUAGACACUAAUAGUUGAAAAAAAAAUUUUUUUCUGUAGUUUUUCUCAUUUCUGAACUUCUACAAGCUCAAAUUGGCUCCCCAAGUAAUUUUUUACUUUUUCAGAAAUAUUUCAAUAUCAAUUCCUACUUUUUUAAUGGUUCUCAUAACUUGAAAUAACUCCUUUUUCUCGUUUUUUCGACUUUGAAGCCCUUUAAUUUUUUUAAAAACGGACCAUCUUUUCAAAUUCCACUUUCUUAACCCUAAAGUGGCCUCUCCAUCUUUUUCCAAGUUUCUUUGGCUUUCUUGCAUUUAUUGAACCUCAGAGCGUUCUCAAAAGAUAGAAAAAUAGCUGGAAUAUCGAAAAAUUCCAGGUUUGGAAAGGAAAACUAGCGAGGAACGGCAACACGGUGAAUGUCGCUGUCAAAACGGUUUUCUUUGAUUUUUCUUUCUAAAUCGAAAAAAUUCAGGCAAAACUCGAACAACUACACAAGGAGCAAAUUAAGGAAAUUAUGCGGGAGGCGAGGCUCAUGAGGAAUCUCGAUGUAACUAUAAGUUUUCUUUGAAGGCAUAGGGGCGGAGUUUCAGGUGAAAGCAGUAUCUUAUAUAGUUUAUCAUUGCGAAUCGAACGGUCCACUCAAAAAAUCACAGAUAUGACUAAUUUUAAAAGCGUCUUUAUUUUCCCGCCAUUUGAAUUUGGAAAGGAUGGAAAUAGUAAAAGGCGCGCCGAUGAUAAAUAAACUUUUUGUUGUCCAAAUUUUUUUCAAAAAAAUUCGUUUAUAGAUGAAAUAAACUACGUAGAUAACGCACCUGCUGAUCCGGGGGUUUUUUUCACCCGUUCAAAAAGCACUGGAGCAUUUUUCAGCCAAAUAUUUUUAUUCAGUUUUUUUAUUAUUUUUUUCCUGUUAUCUACGUAUUUUUAUUUCAUAAUAAUCAUAAUUCUUCCUUUCAGACAGUUUAUAUCAUCUUCAAUCAUUUCUAUCGAUAAAACCUAGGUUUUAGGCGCUAAUAAAUCUACUAAAAGACAAAAUGUGAGAAAGAAAUAUUUUUUUAAGUGGAAAUCAAGAUGCUCCAAAGUAUUUUUCCAGUCAAGUUUCUUGACCAAAAACUGCAAUUUUUUAAAAACAGAGCAAAAAAAGUAACCGUAAUUCAACGCCAAAAACAGCAAAAAACAAAGGUCUUGAAACGAAAUUGGUCAGAUUUUUUUUUUUCAAAAAAUAACGUACGCGGAAUGGACUAUAAAACAUCAACAGAUUCCCCUAAAAUUCGAAUAUUUUUCAGCACCCGAAUAUCAUAAAAUUCUACGGCGUGGCUGCUGGUUCAGAGCCUCUCUACGUCAUCAUGGAAUUGGUAAUUUUUUUCAACCCCCAAAAAAAAUUCAAUUUUUUUCUUAAAGUCCAGAUAAACUUGGAAACAUGAAAAAAACGAUAAAAUUCCAAAAAAAUAACAAAAAUAUGACAUCGAAAAUGACCAAUUCAACAAAAAAAAUUUAAAAAAUAAAAGAAUUCAAAUAAUAAUUUAUUAACCAAAAAUCUGAUAAAUUAUAACAAGCUCCAUGAGACAGAAAACAACAAUAACAAGGUAACAACACAUUUUGAGAAAAAUAACCCUUUUAUAUACGUCUGAAUCUCCUGUUUUCGCACUUUCGCUUGAAAUUUUCUGACCUGUCUGCGCUCUCUUUUCCCUCGUCGGUCAUAGAAAUGUGGGAAUAGCACUUGGAAGUGAGAGACGUCGAGGGAAAAAAGGACACAAUUUUUUCAAGUUGUCGCGGAAUGGACUUGAUAGUAAAUGGCCAUCGAAAAUGCGCCCGACUUGAGAUUCGCAGGGCUAAAGUUUUAGUUAGGGACUCCCAUAGAAUCAUAGUUCUACGAUGUAUAAAAAAGGGCCGAAAGGAAUGCGCCCGACUUGAAACGGUUUUCGCAGGAAUCUAGUUUAAGCUAGGAAUUACCAUAGAUUCAUAGUUAUACGAUAUAAAAGAAAGGGCCAUCAAAACUGCGCCCGACUUGAAACGGUUUUCGCCGGAUUAUAGUUAUAAGAUACAUGAGAAAUGAAUACUACCAAAAAAUGCGCCCGACUUGAAACGACUUGCGCAAAACCAUACCAUAGGUCGGAAAGGGUACAAAAAGGCUCCAUUUUGCGCCAUUUUAUCGGCCUUUAUGGACCAUUUUUGCUGCUUCUUCCUUUUUCCACCACUUCUUAAGCCUUUAAAAUCCUAGAAAAAAUGGAAAGCUCGAUAGAGGGACCCUUUUUGAUGCCCUUUUGGGGCCUUUUUGCGACCUUUUUACGGCCAUUUUGGGGCCUUUUUCAAGCCUUUUUGCAACCUUUUUGCAGCCUUUUUGGAGCCUUUUUGGUGCCUUUAUGGGGCCUUUUUGCAGCCUUUUUUGAGCCUCUUUGGUGCCCUUUUACUGCCUUUUCGCAGCCUUUUUGCUACCUUUUUCGAGCCUCUCCCUCUUAGCGGCCAUUAUCCACCAUUCCGACAACAAAAACCCAAAAUUUCCAGGCAGAUAGUGGAGCCCUCGACUCGUUCCUACAGAAAAAUUUGAUGGUGAUGCCAAAAAAGCUGGAGAUGAUCUAUCAGGCCUCGUGUGGCAUCGCCUACAUACACGAAAAACAUUUAUUACACCGGGAUAUUGCCGCGAGGAACUGUUUGUAUGAUAAUGGGCAGGUAAAUCUACCUGUUCUCUUCAGGGAAUUUCGAAAAAAAAUAUUAUUUGGUCGUUUUUUCGGGCAGAAAAUCGAUAUUUUUAGAAAAUCUUUUGAAAAAAACUGUAAAAUACGGUCUUUAUAUUUCUAUUAAGUGUGAUUUUAUACUGAAUAACUGAAUUUUUGAUUUCUACGAUUUUCAAAAUCGAUACAGGAUGUUAUAGAAAUUCAUUUAAAGCUCGAGAAAAAUUUUAAAACCCGAAAAAAGAAGAAAUAUAGCACAUUUUGAAGCAUCGUGACAAAUUUAAACCUUUAAAAUUGAUAGAAAAUCAAAAAUUUAGAGCAAAUUUUUUCCAAAAUGCUUCAGAAUCGAUAUUUUAGACGAAAUAUAUCAAAAUUUAAAAAAAUCCAGGUAAAAAUCUCCGAUUUUGGCCUAUCCAGAGAAGGGACAAUCUAUCAAAUGGACAUGAAGAAAAAGGUGAAUUUUUCGAAUUCUCCUAAAAAAAUGUAUUUUUCCAAGGUUCCCAUCCGUUGGCUUGCCCCGGAAACGAUCAAAAGCGGCAUCUACACGCAAAAAACGGACGUUUUCGCUUUCGGUAACACUUUUUUUGUGACUAAUCUUAAAGAAAAUCAAAAUUUUAGGUGUAAUGGCCUGGGAAAUAUUCGAAAAUGGAAAAGAGCCGUAUCCAGGGAUGUCUGUGGCCGAAGUGGCUGGGCAGGUUAGAAUUUAAAACAAAAUAGCCGCGGAAAAUGUGCUCCACGGCUAAAAGUUCGAAAAAAAACAGCGAGAGACGGUCUGAUUCAGAAGUAGGAACAAAAAAUGUGCUCCACGGCUAAAAGUUCGAAAAAAAAACAGCGAGAUACGGUCUGAUUCAGAAAUAGCAACGGAAAAUGUGCUCCACGGCAAAAAUAGCGAGAAACGGUCCACGAUAAAUAAUUCAGAGUCUGCUCCAAGGCUAAAAAUUUUAAAAUUUGUAUUUUUUUGAAACACUUUUGAAACUAAUAGAUGCCAGAAUUAUGGGGAAAUGCGCUCUAACGCUAAACCCGAUGUUUCGCGAUUUUCGCCAUGGAGCACACUUUCAUCUAACCUCUACAGCUAUUUUUUUCAUAACAUGAAAAAUUCCAGGUAACUACCGGCUACCGUAUGCCUUUUAAUUCCGAAGUUUGUCCCGAUUUGGCCAAGCAUUUGACGGUAAAUUUCGAAUUUAACUUUUCAAAAAGAUCAAAAUUAAGAAGCGCUGCUGGUCUGAAAACUCAAACGACCGUCACGAAAUGCCCGAAUUGCGUAAAUAUCUCGACCGAAAAACGGGUAAUAAUAACAAAGUUCAGGUGAGUUUUCCAAUGAUAGUGCGUCCAUUAGCCACGACUGGAAAAUUUCUGACUUCUCUGGGUCUCUAUUCUCUCGCUGAUGACGUCAUAGAACCAGACAAUAGUGCUUAAACACGAGAGAGCGCAGAGAAAAAUCAGACAUUCUCAAGUUGUGGCAUGUUGGCUUACCGCUUUAUUUUCCCUACUAAAAAAACUGUGACCGCAUUUGGAAUGGCUUGGCGCGUCGCGGUCGUAAAAUUUUGAUUUUCGAUGACACCGCGCGCAAGUCGUUUUGAGUCGGGUGCGUCAAAAUUCAACCUUUCAAAGAGUCUAUCUUACCAGCCAGCCAAAAACGAAAGAAAAUAGAUCUUAUCGAGUUAUAAAAAGCUUGAACGGCGCAAGUCGUUUCAAGUCGGGCGCAACUCUUAAAUAGCCAUUCCCGAUGCAACCUCGUCAAAAAGAGAAAAUAGCAUUCGAAGGUGAGAGAGUGACCAAAAAGAAAAAAAUAAAUAUGACUUUUUUUUUGCGAAAGCAAGACGUGACAGGUGUGAUGGUCCACGCUGAGAAGCGAAGAUGGACCAUCAAAGUAUCAAAGUAAGUAAGUAAGAAAGCAAGACACUUGAAACUUUUGGAAAGCUUUCGAUGCCACCGUGCGCAAGUCGUUUUGAGUCGGGUGCGUCAAAAUUCAACCUUUCAAAGAGCCUUUCAGUCAGCCAAAAAUCAAAAAUGAACAGAAAAAGUUCUUAUCGAGCCAUGAAAAGCUUGAACUGCGCAAGUCGUUUCAAGUCCGGCGCAACUCUCAAAUCGCCGUCCCAAGCGUUUCAAAUACCUUCCUUCCGCAAAAAAGUCAUACAUGUCCUUUUUCUCGGCCACUAUCUCAUGUUUACACGCUAUUUUCUCGUUUCUAUGACCGUUUCGUCGAGGGAAAAGAGAGCGCAGACAAGUCAGAGAUCAAAAAUGGAAUUUCCAGCCAAUGACCGACAAAAUCAGCCAUUCGCCGAGUGGACGAUUGAAAAAGAAGGAGAGCAAGUCAUCGUCCAACAACAGAUCACCAGCGUCGAAAUGA